UUGUCGCUAUACGUUAAAUUACGUCGCCAGUGAAAAGUUUUGGAGAUGGUGGACGUAGCUGCAGAUCUGAGCAGUGUUUGUUUUGAAAGUGGACUGACUGACGACGAGAAGAACUUACUUUACCUUCGUGCACGCUCGGCUGGACUGACGUUUUGCGGGUGCGCGCACGCAGCGUUCAUGUACGAGCUCGUCCACUCACUGAGAUGUGCUAUCAGAAGUCACACUGCUGGCAGAGACCCAGCAGAGGACAGGGAGGACAGGGACCUCUGUGUGGGGAUACUUGGGCUCGGUCACCUGGGAAAACAGCUGCUGCUUUUCCUCCUUGAAAAGACCAGCAUCAAACCAUCACAUGUUAAAAUCUCCACUAGAAGACCAGAAUCAGCAGUGGAAUUUGUCCAGAGAGGAGUUGAAUGUUUCUUUGACAGUCGCAGACUGGCAGCGUGGGCAGAUGUUCUGUUCCUCUGCUGUCUGCCUUCUCACCUCCCCAAAGUCUGUGCUGACCUCCACUCUCACCUGUCCAAGCACUGCCUCGUGUACACUUUCUCCUCCGCUGUUCCUGCCACCAGGUUAUCUGCUCUUCUCGGACACGAUUACGUCCUAAAGCCACAAUAUGAGUUUCUUGCUUGUGAUACUGCAGACAUGUGGUUGUCCUGCACUCAGCUGACCACAGCUUUUACAGAUCCUUUGCUCAUAGAGGCGUCGUGUCCUCUUACAAUGAAAGGUGGCAUUUCUCUGGGUCUGAACUGGGUGUGUGCAGUGUUGUACAGCCUUUUGAAUACCUGCACCUCCGCCAGUCUGGGCUCCAGUGAGGCUCUCUCUCUGAUUAACGACAUGUUUAAAAAGAAAUGGGCGAACACUGUGCAAUUUAACGCUCAGAGUUUCAUCAGUUCUUCUUACGCAGCUUCCCUUCCUGCAGACGAGCCUUUUCCCUGGAUUUCUCUCACUGAUGUCCAGACCAAGGAGACACCGUUGCUGCGCUUUUUAUCAAACAGUAAAUCUGUGCAGCAGUGCAUCACUGCUGCAUACAAAUCCCAGCUGGAGACACCAGCAGAAUUAUACAGAAACACCCCAAUGUAGAACUCAUCAUUACCUUACACAUGCACUUUUGAAAAUCAGUAGUUUUAUGAUUCUUAGAGUACAGUUCCAGUGUCGAGUGAUAUGAUAUUUAAACGUAUUUUCAUUUUAAUGUCAAAUGAUUGAAAAACGUUGAACAGUAGGGUGUUUACUUUUAUGUAAAAUUAGAAACUAAACAUGUAUAUAUCCUAUGUUUAAAAUACAGGCAGCACAGUAGGAAUUUAACACAAUAAAAGUCACUACACCUUA